AUAAUUAAUGCGGACCCAAAACGCACGCACUGUCAGUGGCAGCUAUGGAAGUGAAAAGACGAUAGAGAUUGCCGAAUGGUAUAGAGACGAGCCGCGUACAGCUGGUGGUUGUGGCGGUGGUUCUUAGUCUCUCGCCGUCUCCUUUCGUCUCGUUCGCUUUUGCUUUUACAAAUCCGCAUUUCAUAGAAUCGAUCGCCUGGUGUUUCAGUUUGCCCGUGUUCGUCAGCGUUGGUGAAUGAUUAGUUGUUUGCGAGGGAGAGUUUAGCGUUUCAGGAGACGGAAGCUGUGGUGGCGAUUUGGGUUGCCAUCUCUUUUCAGGGGGCCUCUUAGCAGCUUGGGGUGGGGAUGUUAAAUUCUGUUUGAGGCUUGGAGGAUAUAGCUGAUUGUGAACAGACCAGUAACUCUCAUUAGAGGUAGCUAACUAUGGAAUCCGAUGCAGAAACCAAGAUGAAGAACUUGAAGAAUAAGGGCAGUCAGGUCUGUCAAAUCUGCGGUGAAAUCGUUGGGCUGACGGUUGAUGGUGAGCCAUUUGUUGCUUGCAACAUCUGUGCCUUUCCAGUCUGCAGACCCUGUUAUGAAUACGAGAGGAAGGAUGGGAAUCAGUCUUGCCUUCAGUGCAAAACUAGGUACAAGAGACACAAAGGAAGCCCUGCAAUUCGCGGUGAUGGAGAGGAUGAUGAUGUUUCUGAUAAUGGUGAUGAUCUCCAUUAUGCAGAAAUCCAAAUGGGCAAGCAGAAGAUAUCGGAUCACAGCUUGAACUGGCACAUGAACUAUGGACAAGGGGAAGGUGCUGCACCAAAGUAUGAUAGAGAUGUUUCUCACAACCCCGUUCCCUUUCUUACAAAUGGAACGGAUGUUUCUGGAGAUCUGUCUACAGCAUCACCAUGCCACCCUUCAAUUGCAUCACCUCCCCCUGGUGGUGGUGGAAAAUCUAGGAUUGUGGAUCCUGUGAGGGAGUUUGGAUCUCCUGGCUUAGGCAAUGUUGCCUGGAAAGAAAGAGUAGAUGGAUGGAAGAUGAAGCAGGAGAAGCCUGCUAUUCCAACGUCUACUAGUCAUACUCCUUCAGAAAGAGGAGUUGGGGAUAUUGAUGCAAGCUCAGAUGUUCUUGUGGAUGAAUCUCUCCUAAAUGAUGAAGCUCGACAGCCACUUUCUAGGAAGGUUUCUAUUCCAUCCUCAAGAAUCAAUCCUUACAGGAUGGUUAUUAUGUUGCGGCUGGUGAUCCUGUGCAUUUUCUUACAUUAUCGAAUAACAAAUCCUGUACCCAAUGCAUAUGCCUUGUGGUUGAUAUCUGUGAUUUGUGAGAUCUGGUUUGCUAUAUCCUGGAUCCUUGAUCAGUUCCCCAAAUGGCUUCCAGUGAAUCGUGAAACAUAUCUGGACAGGCUUGCUCUCAGAUAUGAUCGUGAAGGAGAGCCAUCACAAUUAGCUGCUGUUGACAUAUUUGUCAGUACUGUUGAUCCUCUAAAGGAACCUCCUCUUGUCACUGCUAAUACUGUUUUGUCCAUUCUUUCGGUGGACUAUCCGGUUGACAAAGUAUCUUGUUAUGUGUCUGAUGAUGGUGCUGCUAUAUUGACCUUUGAGUCUCUAUUGGAGACUGCCGAAUUUGCAAGGAAAUGGGUUCCUUUCUGCAAGAAAUAUAAUAUUGAGCCAAGAGCACCAGAAUGGUACUUUGCUCAGAAGAUUGAUUACUUAAAAGAUAAAGUUCAACCAUCCUUUGUCAAAGACCGCAGGGCUAUGAAGCGAGAAUAUGAAGAAUUCAAAAUUCGUAUCAAUGCACUAGUGUCCAAAGCCCAAAAGGUUCCUGAAGAAGGUUGGAUCAUGCAAGAUGGUACACCAUGGCCUGGAAACAACACAAGAGAUCAUCCAGGAAUGAUCCAGGUGUUCCUUGGCCAAAGUGGAGGUCUAGACAGUGAUGGCAAUGAACUUCCUCGGUUAGUGUAUGUUUCUCGUGAGAAACGUCCAGGGUUCCAGCAUCACAAGAAGGCUGGUGCCAUGAAUGCACUUGUUCGUGUGUCAGCAGUUCUCACAAAUGGACCUUUCUUGCUGAACCUUGAUUGUGAUCACUACAUUAAUAACAGUAAGGCCUUGCGGGAAGCCAUGUGUUUCCUAAUGGACCCAAAUCUUGGGAAAUAUGUGUGCUAUGUUCAAUUCCCACAAAGAUUUGAUGGUAUAGAUAAGAGCGAUCGAUACGCCAAUCGUAACACAGUCUUCUUUGAUAUUAACUUGAGAGGUUUAGAUGGUAUUCAAGGCCCUGUAUAUGUGGGUACUGGCUGUGUCUUCAACAGAACAGCUUUGUAUGGUUAUGAGCCUCCUCACAAACCUAAAAAUAAGAAACCUGGGUUGCUAUCAUCCUGCCUUGAUGGAGCAAGGAAGAAAACUUCUAAAUCAAGUAAGAAAGGGUCUGAUAAAAAGAAGUCUAGCAAGCACGUUGAUUCCACUGUUCCCAUCUUCAGCUUAGCGGAUAUAGAGGAGGGCUUUGAAGGUACUGGGUUUGAUGAUGAGAAGACACUGCUCAUGUCCCAGAUGAGCCUUGAGAAAAGAUUUGGCCAAUCUGCCGUUUUCGUUGCAUCUACCCUUAUGGAGAAUGGUGGCGUUCCUCAGUCUGCCACACCGGAGAAUCUUUUGAAAGAGGCCAUUCGUGUUAUCAGCUGUGGCUAUGAAGAUAAAACGGAAUGGGGAAGUGAGAUAGGGUGGAUUUACGGUUCUGUUACAGAAGAUAUUCUCACGGGAUUCAAGAUGCAUGCACGUGGCUGGCGAUCAAUUUACUGCAUGCCACCAAGACCAGCCUUCAAGGGAUCUGCUCCAAUCAAUCUUUCUGAUCGUCUGAACCAAGUUCUUCGGUGGGCUUUGGGAUCUGUAGAGAUUCUAUUCAGCCGACAUUGCCCGAUAUGGUACGGUUACCAUGGAAGAUUAAAAUGGCUAGAAAGAUUUGCAUAUGUCAACACCACAAUUUACCCCGUAACUGCCAUCCCUCUCGUCUUCUAUUGUACAUUACCAGCUGUCUGCUUGCUCAGUGGGAAGUUCAUCAUCCCACAGAUCACUAACCUUGCAAGUAUAUGGUUUCUAUCCCUGUUUCUUUCCAUCUUCGCCACCGGCAUUCUGGAGAUGAGAUGGAGCGGCGUCGGAAUAGAGGAAUGGUGGAGGAAUGAGCAGUUUUGGGUGAUCGGAGGCGUCUCCGCCCAUCUCUUUGCCGUCUUCCAAGGCUUGCUCAAAGUGUUAGCCGGAAUAGACACCAACUUCACCGUCACAUCCAAGGCCUCAGACGAGGAAGGCGACUUUACUGAGCUUUACAUGUUCAAAUGGACGACGCUUCUAAUCCCUCCGACCACUCUGCUCGUCGUCAACCUUGUCGCCGUCGUCGCCGGAAUUUCCGAUGCCAUUAACAGCGGAUACCAGUCAUGGGGUCCCCUGUUUGGGAAGCUAUUCUUUGCAUUUUGGGUGAUCGUCCAUCUCUACCCUUUCCUUAAAGGUCUGAUGGGUCGGCAGAACCGAACCCCGACCAUUGUCGUGGUCUGGUCCAUUCUGCUUGCGUCGAUCUUUUGCUUGCUGUGGGUACGAGUGAACCCGUUCACGACUAGAGUUACUGGCCCUGACGUGGAGGAGUGUGGAAUCAACUGCUAGUGUUGAUGGAUGGAUGAAGUAAGGUUAUUAAUGCAUGGAAUGGAAGGAAGUUGUUGUAUAGUGGUGUGUGAUUGUGUAAAGAGGUAGGCUCAUUUUGUAAAGUGAGGUUAUCGUAUUUAAUUAUAUAAUAAUAAUAAAUAGGGCUGAUCGAUGAGGUACAAGACAAGACAGAAUGGAAGGGAAGUCAAGAAAGGGGACGGCGUGUCCGUGUGUAUUCAACGCUUCCAAAGUUGAGUCUUGGGAGCACACGUGGAUGCAGGAGGCCACGUGGCGGUCGGAGAGGUCAUUUGAUCAUCUCAUCUUUGGAGCCCGAGCCUGAUCUUAACCGCCCUAACUAGUUAACAAUUCUUCCUUCCUUUAUCCACGCGUACACAUGGACGUCUGUCUCUCUCCAUUUUCAUGCCCAUCCCCUCACUGCACUAUCCAUACAUACAUAUAUAUAUUUAUAUAUAUAUGUGGUUUUAUCACGAGCGAACAUACACUUGAUUGCGAGAUAGGGUUAGUAAGUAGAGGGCGGCUGUGCAAUCGAUCGAUCGAUCGAUCAAUUUUGUUAAUCAAUCGAGUUGUGCUUGGUCGGAGUUGGAUAUUAUAUAUCUAGAUCGAAUUGAAGCAGAGCAGAGCAGCAUAUUAUUCGUAAAUCAAUCAAAUGUCAGCUGCAACAGUAACAGCAACAUCACGUUUGGGGGAAGAAGCUCCAGCGCCGGCUGAUCCUGCUCCUCCUCCUAUUCUGUGCAGGUUCAAUCGCCUCGACCGCAUCUUGAAGCAACUGGAAGACAUAAAGAGCAGGAGGAGCUGGAGCGAUUGCCAUUCUCCGAAGAGCUAUUACUCUUCAAAUUCAUACGCCUCUUCCGCCAACUACUCCUACUCCCCCAGUCCCGAUCGCCAUCACGAUCACGAUGAGGAUAAGCAGGAUGAUCAGCUGCGAUGUCGCCCCGUCGACGAAGUGCUCAUGGAAGUCCACCAGAAAGGCACCUUAAUCCAACGCCUCGUCCGCGCUGAGGAUCGCAUCUUCAAGCUGUGCCUGCAGAUGGAAGAAGAAUUAGAGAAGCAGGGCGAGGGUGAGAGGCACGAUAGCAGUGCGAGUGCAGGUAACGAUCUCCAUGACAGCGGCCACAAGAGACAUGGAGGACUGAAGAAACUGGUGAAGUCAUGUGUUGGCAGAUCGGGAGGAGGAGCUAAAAGCAAUAAACGACACAAGAAUAAGAACACCACUGCAGGAGGAGGACCACCACCAUAAUCUUAUCAUGUAGUAACUCCAUUUAACUUCUGGAUCCACGACCUAUAUACAUUAAUUUAUAGUUUUUUUGCUUCAUCGAUUUUGCUGUUUGGUUUUGUUUAUAUUGUUGUGUUCUCUACGUUCUAUCUUUAAUUAAUUUCCUUGGCUCGCUC